UCUGGAUUUAACCUUAGUACAGAGAUUCGCUGUGCAUAUGCUUUGUAGACCGUGUCACGCGGUAGGUCUACUGUUUACAUUUCACCUGUGCAUUGAACGUCACUGCUUUAACAAACACACUGUGUUGAACCUUGAACUUCUUUACACAGCACAAGCAACCUAUUUCUGUUGCGUCGAAGUCCAACCAAUUUUUACUAUUUCCUUCUGCCCACAUUAAUGGCUGGUUUGCUUUAUAAAGACAGAGACAUGCACUGAAACUUGUUAUUUUUCUGCAGUUGAAUCUGGCUUCAUGAACUGAAGCUUUGCCUGUCGUUCUGUGUAAUUUCAUAGAGUGCAAACUACUCUGAAAUCGGAAAACCUAUUACGGUUUAUUUUACAAUUGUCAGGACUGAAUAUAAAGCUACAACUAUCACGGAGAAAAUGGCAAAUGCGGAGGUUGAGUUGCAGCAGUGUUCAGUAGAAACGUCUUCAGCAGGGCUCUCCAAUCGUGAGCGGGCCCAGCGCCGUUGGGUCACGGUAGAACCCGUGGUAUCAUUGGCAGUAAUCGGUUUCAUGACCAUAGGUCUAAUCCGACCAUUCUUCCUGAAGAAGCGUAUAGGCGAGUCAUACAACGUUACCGUUGAUGAUGAAUUCUCCAACUGUAACAGCAACGACACAGGUGACAAAGCAAUGCAAGAUGGCAUCCAGGCCGAGGCCUCUCUUUGGAUAAUGUACUUGAACGUAUCUUCGAGCAUACCAGUCAUAAUAAGCUCCGUCAUUAUGGGCACAUUAAGCGAUCGCUUGGGUAGAAAGAUGUGCAUUGUUAUACCAAUCUUCGGUUACAUUUGUCAGGAGGUUGUCUACCUUGCAACCAUCUACUUCGAACUCCCUCUUCCAGUUCUCUUCGUAGGAGACAUCUUGCAAGGGAUGGCUGGUGGCUUUGGGCUGUUGUUCGCUGGUUGCACUUCCUACAUCACCGACAUCACGUCAGAGAAGAAGAGGACUCUCCGUAUAGCGUUCAUUGAGAUGCUUUUGUUAUUACUCGGUGGUUUUGUCCAAGUCGGUGUUGGGUAUAUGGUGCGAGAUAUAAGCACCGAGGUACCACUGCUGAUGGCUCUAGGGGCAAAUGUCUUAUGCCUGAUCUAUGUUGCCAUUCCAGGCCUUCUGAUCGAAACUGUGGAUCGAAAAAACAUCCCUGAACAUCGUAAAGGGUUAAAGGCAGCCGGUAGGAGCAUGGUGAAGCUUCUCAAGUUCAACGAGAAUGGCCGCCGAUGGCAGAUGCUUCUCCUAGACUUCUUUUUGUUCUUCGUGAUUAUAAACAUCAAUGGUACCAUGUCCAUCUUCAUCUUGUAUGGAACGGCUAAACCUUUGUGCUGGAGUCCUGUCGAUGCGGGCCUUGCUGGAUCAUUCGGGUUCCUAACUGCUUCUAUUGGAAUGGUGGUCGGAACUAAACUAUUCGCGCUGUGCGUCGGCGAGUACUGGAUUAUGCAAAUCAGUUGUCUUAGCCUCCUAGCAUUCAAUAUUAUGAUGGGAGUGACGCAAACAACAUGGCUGGUCUAUGCAGCGAAUUUGAUCGGUGCUUUCAGAGCGACGUCAAUGCCGAUAGCUCGGUCAAUCAUAUCCAGAAUAGUCGAUUCAACUGAAAUAGGUGCUGCUUUUGCCUUAGUAGCAUGUAUCGACAGUGUAGCGGGGUUUAUAGCUUCAGCGGUAGGGCCCAGCAUCUAUGCAGCUACUGUCAAAUAUCUACCACCGGCCGUCUUCUUCGUGUAUUCCGGUUUCUACGUCAUCCCUGCUGGAAUCAUUGUGGUACUACAACUGCUGUGGCCAAGACGGGAAGCAAAGGAUAAGUACCAACAGUUUGAGGACGAACCAGAAGAGAGCAAAGGAUACGAAGUAAACGCCGAUAUCAAAGAAUAUAUUGGCAAACCGGAAAGUAUUGAAAGUUAGAGAUAAGUUGCGCUUUGAAGACUCUGAAUGUGUAAGGCUGGAAUUAAUGGCAGCAAGUCUUACUUGGGAGAUGAAAAAUGCGAUUUUGUCGGGAUCAUUUUUUGUGGCACACCGCAUAGUUCAAUUUUGAGGCCUUUUCCUUUUAGUGGUUGAUCUUUAUAAACGACCGCUCGAAAAUAUUUUUCACAACAUUUUUCAAACUUAAAUGUGCCCUUACCCAAUAUUUCCUUGUUCUUUUUCCACGAAUUUCAGUAUGUUUACUAUUAGACCACGAGCAAAAAAUAUAACCUAAUUACGACAUUAAAAUUUUGCCUUCAGAGGGGCUGUGACACUAUUAUAUAGGGAGACAUGAAAAUGUCUUCCAAUAUAAUGACCGGUGUCUCCCACUGUUCGAAGAAAUUACAAUAACAUAUCUCCUUAUUGGUACAUUUAGUGGAAUACGGAUAUUUAUACCGCUUUUAACCAACUCAACGCGCUGUACUAAGAAAAUUAAGCACAGAGCGCUAAAAACUCGAAUGUGCACAAUGAAUUGAGGUCUUUUGAGGGAAUACAUUACUGUACAAUGUUAUCAGUAUUAGAUUUUAAAUAUGCUAUUACUGUUGCUUAUAGCAAAAAGUGUCAAUAACGUUAAUGCGGCAAAUCUGUAGCUCAAACCGCUGUUGGGCAAAUGAGAGUCGAGUUGAGACUACAUGUAAAAUCAAGAAACUUCUAAAAAUGUAAAACGAUUGAUGAUCCGACAAUUGAAGUGUGUUUCACGUUUAAUAAAUGUGUUAAAAGUUACAUAUAUCAUAGUUACAAAAAAAGUGAAUUAAAUUCACGUUACAUUUUAUUAACCUCCUAGUUCGUUCUUAGAAUUAUUUUUAAUGCCAAAGGCAAUAAAGAUGUACAUUGUUGUAUUUUAGUAAUUUUCUGAACAUGCCGGUUGAACGACGUGAUUUUGUUAAUAGUUUUCAUGAAAAGUCUUCAAUUUUUAAAUAUUACACGUGGCUACUAUUUGCAGAGGUGAAACAGCUGUGAAUACUGCAACUGCAUAUGAAAUUUCCUCCCGGAGCAGCCUAAGUUCAAAACAAAUAAAUCAAGGAAUCAAUAAAUGAACCUUCUCAGUAACAUUUGUAAAUGUUACUUUGAAAAUAAUAAAGGAUUAUUGUCGAGAUCUAAUUUGUCUUCUUUCAUUAAUAGAUGCUCUUUGGUAAAUUUAGAUUUG